AUGCUAAUCUUCAACCAUUCCAGCUUCCUGACCUUUACUUUGAUGGGCAUACCUGGCUUAGAGUCACAGCACUUGUGGCUGUCUCUUCCUUUCUUCUCUAUGUUUUUGGUUAUCCUCAUUGGUAAUGGUGCUAUCCUCUUCCUGGUGGCCAUAGAACGCACACUUCACACACCAGUGUACCUGCUCCUGGCCCUGCUGAUGGUGGCUGACCUCAUAUCCACUCUGGCUCUGUUGCCCAAGCUCCUCUGCAUCUUCUGGUUCAACGAUCGGGACAUAGCUUCCAACGCUUGUUUCAUCCAGAUGUUUUUCAUCCAUGGAGCAUCUGUGGUACGGUCAGCCAUACUUGUGAUAAUGGCCUUUGACCGCUUCGUGGCUGUGUGUAAGCCAUUACACUACAACACAAUUCUGAGCCAUUCCUUUGUUGGACGCCUGGGACUGAUGGCUCUCGCCAAGGGUGUGAUUCUUAUCCUGCCCAUGCCUCUUCUACUUCAAAGGUUGACUUUCUGCCACAUGGUCAUUCCUCAUACCUACUGUGACCACAUGGCUGUGGUGAAAAUGGCAUGUGACCACACCAGACCUAACCUUAUCUAUGGGCUCUUUGUGAUUCUGCUUGUGGUGGGACUUGAUUUGCUGCUUAUUGGCUUCUCUUAUGGUUUCAUCCUGCAAGCUGUGGUACGCCUUAACUCUCAAGAUGCCACCUGCAAAGCUCUCAACACCUGCUCAGCUCACCUCUUUGUCAUCCUUGUCACUUAUGUGCCUGCACUCUUUUCCUCUCUCACCCACCGCUUUGGUGUCAGUAUCCCACCACAAGCCCACAUUCUCCUUGCUAAUCUCUACCUUCUUCUACCCUCAAUGCUCAACCCCAUCAUCUAUGGUAUAAAGAUGAAAGAAAUACAAGGCAAGGUGGCCAAAUGCCUGUCCAGAGGACCUGCAUAG